AUGGCGCUGGGUGGCCUGCCUUGGCCGCCUCUACUAUGGCAGUACAUGGCCAUACUUCUGGCCUUGCAGUUGCCUGUUCAUGCCACAGAUUGUCCUCAUUUGUGUGUAUGUGAGAUACGACCUUGGUUUACUCCCCAGUCCACUUACAAGGAGGCUACAACUGUGGACUGCAAUGAUCUAAGGCUGACACAUGUCCCUAUCAACCUUUCAACAGACACUCAAGUGUUACUGCUCCAAAGUAAUGCCAUAUCUCACACUGGGAGUGAGCUGGAAGCCCUACAAAAUCUGACAGAGUUGGACCUGUCCCAGAACAACUUCAGCUCAGUACAAGCUGUAGGCCUCAAAAGUAUGCACCAUCUUACUACUUUGCAUCUGGAGGAGAACCAGAUCAGCCAGCUGCAAGACAACUGUCUGGGGAAUCUCUCUAGCUUGCAGGAGCUCUACAUUAACCAUAAUUUCAUAAACUCCAUCUCCCCCCGUGCAUUUGCUGGUCUUCACAAUCUUUUGCGUUUACACCUAAACUCCAAUAAGCUUCACGUCAUUGACAGCCGCUGGUUUGCAGAAACCCCUAACCUAGAGAUCCUCAUGAUUGGAGAAAACCCUGUCAUUGGCCUUUUGGACAUGAACUUCAAGCCUCUUGGAAGUUUGAGGAGUUUGGUCCUGGCUGGAAUGGAUCUUUUUGAUGUUCCUCCAAAUGCAUUUGUAGGCUUGGACAACCUGGAGAGCAUAUCAUUCUAUGACAACAAACUGGUCAGAAUCCCUCAACUGGCACUUGAGAAAGUCCCCAAUUUAAAAUUUCUGGAUCUGAACAAAAAUCCAGUUCAGAAAAUCCAGGAAGGAGACUUCCGAAACAUGCUUCAUCUAAAAGAGUUAGGAAUCAACAACAUGAUGGAAUUAGUGUCUAUUGAUCGCUAUGCUUUGGACAACCUACCAGAACUGACCAAGUUAGAGGCAACAAACAACCCCAAGCUGUCCUAUGUCCACCGCCUGGCCUUCAGGGACAUGCCCUCCUUGGAGAGCUUGAUGCUUAAUAAUAACGCUCUAACUGCUCUGUACCAGCAUUCGGUAGAGGCUUUGCCGAACCUUCGGGAGAUCAGUCUACACAGCAAUCCAUUGCGGUGUGACUGUGUCAUUCAGUGGAUGAGUUCCAACAAGACCUCUGUACGCUUCAUGGAGCCCUUGGCAAUGAUUUGCACUUCCCCGCCUGAACUCAGGGGCCAGCAUGUUCGAGAACUCAGGUUUCAAGAGUCCUCAGAGCAGUGCAUCCCACUGAUAUGCCACGAUACCUUCCCCAGCCAUCUCAACCUAAAUCUGGGAAUGAGUGUCAGUCUGGAUUGUCGAGCCAUGGCUGAGCCAGAGCCUGAGAUUUACUGGGUAACCCCUCUUGGAAGCAAAAUCACUAUGGACACUGUGUCAGAGCACUAUCAUCUGAGCAGCGAGGGGACUCUGUGGUUGUCCCAUGUACAGGUAGAAGACUCAGGACAUUACACAUGUGUGGCUCAAAACAUAGAAGGCGCUGACACACGGGUUGCCUCAAUUCGAGUGAAUGGCACCCUGCUUGACAGUGCUCAGGUCAUGAGGAUCUAUGUUAAACAGACCGAGUCCCACUCCAUCCUUGUCUCUUGGAAAGUCAACUCCAACGUAAUGUCCUCUAACAUAAAAUGGGCCUCUGCCACCAUGAAGAUUGACAACCCGCACAUAACAUACACGGCUCGGGUACCUGUAGAUGUUCAUGAAUACAACCUGACUCAUCUUCAGCCUGCCACAGAGUAUGAGGUAUGCCUAACAGUCUCCAACAUCCACCUGCAGACACAUAAGUCUUGCGUAAAUGUCACGACCCGUAGCGCGACCUUUGCCCUCAACCUGUCUGACCAGCACCCAAGCGCUGCAGUGCUGGCAGUCAUGGCAACCGCAUUGGCCUUCCUCAGUCUGGCUACUGUUGGCAUCUACACUGCCCGCAGAUGGAAGAGAAAGAACUAUCACCAUUCCUUGAAGAAAUAUAUGCUUAAAACCUCCUCCAUCCCUCUCAAUGAGCUUUACCCUCCACUCAUCAACCUGUGGGAGGCUGACGGAGAGAAGGACAAAGAUGGAAGCACAGAGGGAAAACCCUCGCCUGUUGACACCACACGUAGCUAUUACAUGUGGUGA